CCAGGUUGCCAACGAGGCAGGCUCUGAUACUCAUGCGCAAACACGUCCACCACGCACCUAGGUACGGCGCAUGCGUCCUCCCAAAACCGUCUCCUCGGCGUCUCCCUUCGAGUUUCCAGUUCCGGCCUCACAGGGGCGGAGAGAAGUCAGGAAAAAUGCGGCUGUCCGUCGCCGCCGCCAUCUCCCAUGGCCGUGUAUUCCGCCGUCUGGGCCUUGGUCCGGAGUCCCGCAUCCACCUGUUGCGGAACUUGCUUACCGGCCUGGUGCGACACGAACGCAUCGAGGCGUCAUGGGCGCGCGUGGACGAAAUGAGGGGCUACGCCGAGAAGCUCAUCGACUAUGGAAAGCUGGGAGACACCAACGAACAAGCCAUGCGCAUGGCUGACUUCUGGCUUACGGAGAAAGACUUGAUCCCAAAGUUGUUUCAAGUACUGGCCCCUCGGUACCAAGGUCAGAAUGGGGGCUACACGAGAAUGCUGCAGAUCCCAAAUCGGAAUAAGCAGGAUCGGGCCAAGAUGGCAGUGAUCGAGUAUAAAGGGAACUGCCUCCCACCCCUGCCCCUGCCUCGCAGAGACAGCGACCUUACACUUCUAAACCAGCUGCUUCAAGGGUUGCGGCAGGACCAGAAAGCAAGCAUCCACGGCUCCCACACAGCUCAAACACCAGGGAUUUGACUGGAGCCAGAGGGUGUGUGGCCCGCUCAUCAAUGCCCAUGAUCACAGGUCUUUGGAGCUCUUUUAAUCUCUAAGAAGAACUGGAGCUAGAGUUGUUAAUGGACAGUUUUAAUGGAGACAAGAAGCUUCUGGGGAGCCAGAUAAUCAUCUCUUUGCAGUAGAUAAAAUUCUUUGUAUGAAUAUAUGUAUGUAUAUGGGUGUUUUUUUUUUUCCUACCCUUGGGAUUUCUGGAGAAUGAGAACUAUCCAAAUGCUCAGUCUCCGUGGGUUAGUAAAUUCACUGCUUAUG